CGUCGGAAUAACGAUUUCUGUUUCCUGGAAAAGCGAAUAUUCAUCGUUGCGACUUACGACAGCAUCCUUACGUGGAUCGUAACAGUCACGGACUCUAUUCUCUAUAUGCUCGCAUGCACCAACGAGCACAGAUCGUUCUUUAGAUCGCGUUAAGAAUUACACGAGCGUCGAUUGAAAUUGACAUCCAUUUGUCAAGGCCCGUCUAGUCUGUGCUCGACGCUCACCAGGAUUGCAGGGCUCGUUACUGAAAAGCUACUAUUCUAGCGAUCUUGGUGCUUGAUCCAUUUCUCCGUUUACUAUCAAACCCGCGAACAGUGAACAGUGGUGCUUUAGAAAAUAAAGCGGCCGAUCGUCAUUGCGCUAACGCAAGUCAUGUUAGUGAGUUAUACGAGAAUCAAAAUAUUCGAUAGCAGGUUCGUGGAACGUGAAAUCAGCUAAAGUGAGUAGCUGACAAUCGAAUUAUUCGAUGAUUUCAACGGAGUGUUCAUUCUGAAAAACGACUAGUCAGUCGCGUUCUCGCGAUUAGAUUAUUGUUUAUCGCGCUGGCGUAGCGAGUUUUUGCCGGAUAAAGGAAGAACCGAGAAAGCACCUGCGUAAAAAAUAACCACCGUACCACCAAAUAUGGCAAAGUAUGCACUGGCUUUGUCGAUUCACAAUGCGUGCGAGUUGCGUGUUGAAGCACAGGGGAAUGUCAGUGCCGUACAAGAGCACCGAGACUUGAAAACGACGGCUAUACUUCUGAAAAUUUGCCAGCACCGAGUUCUCGUUCCUAGAGAACGAUAAGAGAUAUUGGGAUGCAAGUUUACGAAGUGGGAUAGUUCGGAAUCCGAGUAUUCGGAGUCUGAGGAGUCAAAUGAGUUAGGGGCCAUCGUAAGCCCCGAUACCUGCGCGAUGGACACUGUGGACAGUACCAGCAAGCGGCAAGCUACUCGUGUCUUCAAGAAGUCCAGCGUCAACGGAAAGAUCGCGGUAUACCUUGGGAAGAGAGAUUUCGUCGAUCACAUAACUCACGUCGAUCCUAUCGACGGGGUCGUGCUGAUUGACCCAGACUACGUGAAGGAUCGCAAGGUCUUUGGCCAUGUUCUAGCCGCGUUCAAGUAUGGCAGGGAGGAUCUAGACGUUCUAGGAUUGACGUUUCGCAAAGACCUCUAUUUAGACGCCGAACAAAUCUAUCCGGUGGUACCUGGUGCCAAGCAGAGAAAGCUGACACGGUUGCAGGAGAAGCUGAUUAAGAAAUUAGGAAGCAACGCAUAUCCGUUUUACUUCGAACUUCCGCCUCAUUGUCCUGCAUCAGUGACGCUACAACCAGCGCCCUGCGAAACUGGAAAACCAUGUGGCGUCGACUACGAAUUAAAAGCAUUCGUAGGUGAGACGCUGGACGACAAACCGCAGAAACGAAGCUCGGUGCGACUGGCUAUACGGAAGAUUAUGUACGCGCCGUCGAAACAAGGCGAACAACCUUCCGUCGAGGUGAGCAAAGAGUUCGUUAUGUCGCCGAACAAGCUUCACUUGGAGGCGUCACUGGACAAGGAGUUAUACCAUCACGGUGAGAAUAUUGCCGUGAACGUGCAUAUAGCAAACAGCAGCAACCGGACGGUGAAAAGGAUCAAAGUGUCCGUGAGGCAAUUCGCGGACAUUUGUCUGUUUUCCACCGCGCAGUACAAGUGCACGGUCGCCGAGGCAGAGAGCGAUAUAGGGGUAUCGCCAGGAUUCACUCUGAGCAAGGUCUUUUCUCUAAAACCAACGCUUGCUGACAACAAAGACAAGCGAGGUCUUGCUCUAGACGGCCAACUUAAGCACGAGGACACCAAUCUCGCAUCUAGUACAAUGGAGGGGUGCCUAGUGGGGCCAGGUUUCACGCUGAGCAAAGUGUUCUCUCUGAAACCGCUUCUCGCCAACAACAAAGAUAAAUGGGGGCUUGCCCUCGAUGGCCAGAUCAAAGACGAGGACACCAAUCUGGCGUCCAGCACCCUUGUGGUGGAUCCCUCGCAACGUGAAAACCUUGGAAUUAUCGUCCAGUACAAAGUGAAAGUAAAGCUCUGCCUUGGUCCUCUUGGGGGCGAAUUAGUGGCGGAACUGCCGUUCAUCUUGAUGCAUCCGAAACCGGAAGAAGAGGAACCAGCGCCACCCACUGCACGGCCUAGUCCGACGAAUAAGGCAGAUGGUGGCGAGAUACCGCUUGACACGAAUCUGAUUCAAUUGGACACGGAGGCGGACUGCGACGAUGACAUAAUCUUCGAGGACUUUGCCCGUCUUAGGCUCAAAGGUGAGCCGGAUGCCUGACUACGUGGUUCCAAGUCAAUCUACCUGUUCGAGACGACUAAAUGUCUCAUGGCGGGCAGCAAUCGCCGAAAAAUCGAAAACGUCCGUGAACUUCAUCGUGAAGAUCGACCAUCCUUGCUCUAAGUCCUCGUUAGGAUCAGUCACGGAUAAAGUUUUUCGCAUCGUUGGACAGACCGAUCACUGGAAUAACAUUACCUUUUCUUUCGAUGCUCGACGAAGGAAUUCGUUCGCGAACCGUGUGGUCAGUUCAUCGUAAAUUUCUAUUUGACACGGGAUAACACAUCCGGAAUGGUACUAAUCAUCGCACAGAGAACUAUAUGCACUUCGAGAAACUCAUCAGAGGAACAAGAAAAACUUGAAAUAUUUCCAAUCGAUUACGUCGACAAGAUAAAAAGAGAAGUAUAUCUUUACGUUUUGACACGUUUCGUUUGUAACGAAAAAUGAUAAGGCAUCAAAGACUGAAUGCAUCGUCGAAAAGGUUAUCCCAUAAAACAAUCAUAUUUAUUAGUAGCAAGAGGCGAGUACAUCUUUUUCUUUAAAAAUGGGUCCUUGGGACACAGUCUUCGACGAAACUACAAAUACGAUGUUUCUGUAAUUUUAAUCGUAUGGCCAGUAUGUAGAAUUCAUUCUAUCAAUCGCAGAUACCUUUUACACGUACGUUUCUAUGCCAGUCAACAGAAACGUUUGUUUCCGGAUCUCUCGGUGAAGAGAGUUUGGUCAUCUUCGUCGCAGCAAACAUGUAAAUUGUUAUAAACUUCGUUUCCGUAUUAUUAUAUUAAUUUGUUUUAGCGGAAAUCUUUGAAUCCUUGAAAGUAAGAUGCAAGGUAUGUUUUGUUCUAAAAUCAAGUUCUGUUAUAUUCUAUAUCUAAAAAUAAGAGAAAUAGAUUCCUUCCACUAUCUUUUCGAUUCGUACUGUUUGGUACUUUUAAUUUUGAAUUUGUGUUUAAUAACAUUUAUCAAAAAUAAUGGCAAUGUUCGGUUUCUUUUUCCUAUACUAUGUUCAUCUAUACAAUAACGCAUUAUUUAAAAAAAAUACAGCUUCUUGUCGUACAAACAAAUAUAUUGCAGUAAAAAAUGUAACUUUCAAGAACUAUUAUUCCUCGAUAAACGGUAAAAUUAACCUUUUUCACUUCAAAGCACGUAAUAGUUUUAACUAUAAAAACCUGAGCCAUCGUGGCCUCGAAUAUGUCAAGUGAAUUCUCGUCUCGGGACAUUUCUGAAUCUUUACAACGUUGACCGAGCGAGGAGUAUCUAUCAGACUAUUGCACGUCAACUGAAAAUGCGAAUUAAAUAACAAUAAUCUAUGUGGGAUAAUGUAUUACGUUGAUCGUUAAAUAUAUCUUCGUAUUCGACGUUAUAUACAUAGUUAUCGAAGUUCUUCAAUAGAGAAUGGUUUUUUCGAAUAGUUAAGUCGCUUGGAUUUUUAAUGGAAUCGCAUUGGAUUUCCUUGGAAGACAUCGCAACAAAUUCAACGAAUCCUAUUUAAACGUUACAUAUAAAAAAAAAAGAAUAUAUAUAAAGAUAGAUAAAUAUACUCACGAACACACGUAUUAUACAUACGUAUACAAACUUUGCAUUACACGCUUAACGGUAAAUUAACCAAGGGUUUAAAAAAAAAAAAAAGAGAAUUAAGUAAAUUUCAGCAGUUUAGCUUUUACACGUUUAUACCGACAUCGAGAAAGUAUCGGAUUUUUUGCGACACACUAUUAAUCGUACGAUUUUUCUAUUCCUUUUUUAUGUAUCGAGUUUUUUACCGAAACGAAACAUUCUAGUGCCAUCUUGACUAUUUGGAUUAUACCGUCGAAAAAUUCAUUUCUUUGCGAACAGAUUCAAAUCGAUCCAGUUCGUUACUUGCAUCGUUUACAAAGACUGUUAUGCGAAGUUGAAUCGCCCGUUUCCCUAAUAGGGAGAGUAUCGGUACGAUAUGAGUUUUCUACGUCCCUCUGCGACUUACGUUCACGAUGAAACGGCAAGACGAAUUAUGGAACAAAGUAUAUCGAUGAAUUCCAAGCGCAAUUGAGAGAAAGGGAUCAUUCCAGGUGUAUGUGAUUAAUCUGUAUGCCUUUAGGAACAAAAAAAGCAAAGUAUUAAGUAUUCUCUAAGUGGCAGAUCAAAAUGGACGAAAUUACGAUUGAUUAUCUUCGGAUCCAAUCCUGGUCGGUCGGUUUACUGGUUUCAUUUCGCACUUUACUCUGAUCUGCGAUUUAGAAAACGCCUUAUAUACAUAUGUUGUAUUAGCACGAUUCAAACAUUAAAGCGUCCGCUGUCAAUUAAUCCUUAUUUUAACCAACGUCGGUAACAAUUUUACGAAGGCACAGCGAGCGCGUUAAUUAAGAACAACUUCUGCGUAUCGAUAAGUGUAAUUUGCAGUUAGUAUAAAAAUCUGUGUCUCGGAUGGAAGAAAUUGUUGGCUUAAAAUUGAAAAGAUCGAGAUAGCAUUCUUGAACGAACGUCCAAUCUUGCAUAAGGUAAGGAAGGAGGGGAAAAAAAAAACGAAAAUUUUCUACCGUCACUUUCUGUUUGCGAUAACGAAAUAAAAUGUCAAUUGUACCAAUCGAACGAAAUAGCCGGAACUCGCAAUUCUCUUCGAUUUUUAGCCACAAGAAUCUGGCCAGGGCAACGUUGACCGUGCUAUUGGCCUUUUUAAUCGUGCACAUGUAUAUAUACGCAGGAGGUAAGAAGAAGAAUAGUAUUUUUUAUCGAUUUAGCAUUUACAGAUUGUAUUUAGGAGAGAUUAUCGAUUAUACCAAAGCCAGUAUCUCUCACUUCAAUGUUUUCUUAAGCAAAGAAGCUUUCGGGAGAAUGAAGGAACAAAACGAACAUGAUUAUUCUCUAGUAAUUAACCGAGCAAAACAGCCACGUAAGUAAUUGUAUAUGUCGAGUUAAUGUUUAAAACUAACGUAAGUGAAAGAAACAGCCAUAAGUUUGAGGUCACAUAUUACCGUGGUCUUAUUUCCUUAAAAGUGAGAAAGCCAUUGCACGUUGCAAACUCUUUCUCGAUAAACUUUACUUCUAUUCGGCCUCUUAACUUCACACUUUAUGCCACUAAAUUGUAUCUGGCUGUAAUUCGUAAGCAGGCGAAUCUAUCACGAGAAUGUAGCCGUGUUGACCUCAAACUUAUGCACACACAUAGAGAGAAAGAGAGAAAAGAUGAAGAAACGCGGGCUUGUACAAUACGCGCCAGAGUAUAUUUUAUAUUCGCACGCGCUGGUGCGCGCCAAUAUUUUUUGUAUCAUAUUAAAAAAAAAAUAAUCGAAAGGUCGAUCGGUGGAUGAUUCGUAUCCUUGGAACAGCACAAGACGAACGAGAGAUUAUUACCAUACUGCACAAAAACAAUUGCAACACAGGUUGCUCCAGAGUCAAUAAUGGGUGCUGUUUAAGAGCGUGACUUGUCGCUAUCUUAAUGAGUGUGUAGCGUGUCGAGUAUUAAGACGUUUCGAUGUCUUAAAAGAGAACGAAAGCCCAUUAAGCCUUAUAUUUCGCAAAAACGCGAUUUGUAACGAGCUAUUUGUUACUCGUCGCUCUUUUCUUUCUCCUUUUUCGUGUUGGACAAGUCAAGAAGAAGUCGUAAAUCAUCGGACCCUGUCGAUGUCAAUGGAUGUUACAGAUUUCAAACGCUUCCGGUUCGUACAUGAAAACACGAAGACACGAAAUGAAUUGUAUAUUAAGAGUAUCGGACAGUACAUAUGUAUGUACGUGUAACGAUUAGAACUACGCAGGGCAUAAUAGUUAGCUAAGUUAGAAAUGGUUUAAAGUAAGAGGAAAAAAAAAAAAAAAGAAAAAGAAAUAAAAAA